GCGCCGAUUGCACAAACAGGCUUCAGUGAACUCUAUUAGUUAGCUUUGGAAGUUGAAUGGAAGUUGAUUUUAAAAUGAAUCUGCGAGAGCCAGAAAGCCCAAACGAGAGACCCUGAGGUUUCUGAGGAUAAAGUAUGGGGGAUUCCCAGAAAGUGGUGGUAUACAUCAUGCCACAAAAGAUUCAGAAACAAAGAUACAAAGACAUGAUGAAAGCUGCAUUGCGACACCACUUUAUAAUGGCAGAAGAAUUCAAAGACAGUGUCACCCACAUAAUAACUGAAUACGAGACAGCUGCCCAGGCCAUGAAGGUGCUAAAGCUUACAGAGCUUCCUCAGCACACUCGACUUCUGAAAGUCAGCUGGUUCACGGACAGCAUCAAAGCAAGAGAACCAGUCCCAGUCCAAGACAAACAUGUGAUUGCUCAAGAAGGCGAUGCUGUGGAGUGUAAUCAAGCAUCAGAGCCCACAGUGCAGAGUCCUGUCCCAGAGUACUCCUGUCAGAGAUCCACUCCCCUCAAACACCACAACUCAAGGUUCUGUGAGGCGAUGGAGCUCCUCCAAGACUAUGCUGAGAUGAGGGAGGGAGAUGACAAUUACAUGAGGGCAUUGGCAUGGAGACGGGCCUCCUGUGUCCUUAAGAGCCUCAAGUUUCCUCUGACAAACAUCGACCAACUGAAGGGGGCCAAAGAUGUUGGUAAACAUGUUCAGAAGGUUCUGCAGAGUAUCCUGGACCAUGGCACCAGUGAUGAAGUAGAGAAAGUCAGAAAUGAUCCUUGGUAUAAGAAAAUGAAGAUUUUCACAAAGGUAUUUGGAGCUGGUACAAAAACUGCACAGGAGUGGAUCGAAAAGGGAUGGACGACGGUGGAUGAGGUUAAACAGAAUUAUACUAAAGGAGACUGGAGACUAAGAUUUGGGUUGGCCUUUCACAAGGAAUUGGUGGAGUUGGUUACUCGCUUGGAAGCAGACAACUUCACAAAGUUUAUCAAGCAUCAGUGUGAAACUAUUCUCCCUGGCAUUUCAGUAGAACUUUGUGGAGGAUUUAAGCGGGGUAAAACUCAUGGACAUGAUAUAGAUUUAUUAUUUACGCACCAAUCAAAGGGGAAAGAAGUCGGUUUUCUGCCUCGGCUCCUAUCUGUGUUGGAGAGCAAGAACCUGAUUUUGUGUGGGAAGUGGAACAGAAGCACCUACACGGAGGAAGCUAUGUAUUCCGAGUCAAAACGCACAAAGAAUAAUCAACUGGAUCAUUUCGAAAAGUGGAUUGGCAUAAUCAAGUUCCCAAAGAAGUGGCGGAAGAGUAUUUCUGAAGAGGAAUUCUUUAGUGAUGAAGGAGAAAAUGUUUCCUCUGAUUUGAAUAGUGUUGAAGAUUCAGAACCGGUCAAAAAGAAAUUAAAAACUGAUGAAUUAUCUCCAGAAGACAUCGCUGCACAGCCUCGAAGCUGGAUUGCACGUCGGGUUGAUCUAAUUAUAGCUCCGUAUGACCAGUAUUUCUAUGCACUUGUUGGCUGGACGGGGAGUAAGCAGUUUAACCGAGACAUCAGAACAUACGCAAAGAGGACUCACAACUAUGCUAUGACUAGUCAUGGGCUUUAUGAUUUAACAAAGAGAAAAUCAUUGCCAGCAAAGUCCGAGAAGGAAAUAUUUGACAUCCUUGGUGUUCCAUACUUUCCACCAGAGGAAAGGAACUGCUGACUACCAUACCUCUCAAAGCCCAGUUAUCUAACUCCUCUAGGAGAUUGAGCAUCAGUAUGCUUAAUUAUCAUAUUAAGUAUAAAUUUGUCGUACCUUGUGAAAUCCAUGUUCGAAUUUUAAGGGCAAGUUACUGUUAUAACAAAGAUAAAUGGAGAUUAGGUAUGAUUAUUUUGAAAUCCAUCCAUAUACACACGCAAAAUAUGUUUUUAUUUAAAUAAGAAUGGUGAUGCAUGAUUUACACAAUCAC